CAUACAUUUUCAUAGUACAAUCAUACAUCGAGCCAGAUCAAACACCAAGGCUGGAAUAAUAUACAGCGAGGCCAAGCCCAGCAGUUGCCCGGUAGAUCAACGUUCGAUCAACACUUGCACUCUCCGGCCUUGCAUUGGCACCUGUACACCAAGUCGUGAAUCAGAGCGAGACUAGUAUUACACAGAGUGGGACUUACGAGUCGCCGCAAUUGCAGCUGGACGAGCCACAGCUGUUGUUGGAAACAGGGACUUCAGUGACCUGCAAACCAAGAUAAGAUAACAAAAUGCGACACAAGAAGACAUGCACUUACGGUGAACAUGAUUGUGGUGGAUGGGUUUCAAGGUAGCUUAGGGUUUGGGAGUUUGUCAGUGCGCUCUUAUAUAGAUUCCUUGUGUAUUGUCUUGUUGAGCCCAAAUCAAGUGAUCAUCCCGCUCACUUGGCUUCCCUCUUUUUCGGUUCUACCAUCCAUUAAAUCGCGCAAGUACCUUAUUGGUCCAGCCGCCAUCGUCAUGUACCUCCAUCAAAAGCCUCAUGACUGCGCAGUGCAAUCACAUGGAAUUGGAAACAAAAAUAGUUCAUGGCGGCUAAGCUCCUGUACCGCAGACCUUAUAGAGGAAAUGAGUUCCUCACGUCAGCGUCCAAGGCUCAUCCCCAUGUCAUCGUAUAUCCGCCACCCUCAAGCAAAUGUUGGUCCCCAGCGCAGCCAACCGCACCACUAUACCUGGCACACGAGCAGGUGCACUCGAAGCCUUGCACCAGAACACCUGGGUGCACCUUGCUUGGCAUGGCAAGCAGGACCCUCAUGAGAGACAAACAUCUGACGCUGCUCGAUAUCAUGGGGAAACAUCUUCCGCAGGCCGAGUUCGCGUUCUUAACGGCUUGUCAUACUGCGUAGGCGAUACCGUUCUAU